AAAAAGAAAUUCGCAAUUAAAUUGGGAUCAUUUAAACGUGGCAGGCAAAGCACAGUCGCUGCCGCCUUGUCACCUCUCGUCCUUUCUAUAAUUUCCCUAUAAAAAAAAUGAUAUACUUAAGGAAAAAAAUUUAAAAAAUACAUUAUAGACACAUAAAGUGAUGAAAAAAAAAAAACAGUGAAAUUGUGAGUCUUAUAUGUCUGUCUUGAGCUUUUCCUUGAGUUCAUAUGGCGCCGGAGAAAUGGCCUGAGUGGCGCUCGCUCUGCUCAUCAACUCCGCCUCCACCAAUACCAUUGCCCUUUUCUACACAUUGUUAAUCCAUUCCGCCAUGGCCGCCGCAUCCUUCUCUGCCACCUCCGACGAUGGAGCCGCUGUCACCGAGACCGCGCCCCUCCGCGUCUUCUUCAUCCCCUUCUUCGCGUCCGGCCACAUGAUUCCCAUGGUUGACCUUGCCUGCCUUUUCGCCGGUCGGCCCGGAGUCGAGCCCACACUCGUCCUCACACCCGCCAACGCCGACCUCAUCCGUUCCACCCUCGACCGCUCCGCCGCCGCUGGCCGCUCAGUCCGCCUCCUCCUCUUCCCCUUCCCUUCCGUCGGGCUCCCCGAUGGUGUUGAGAGUAUCGCUACCGCCCCCGCCUCUGACACCUGGCGCGUCCACAAGGCCGUCGAGCUCGCCCAGUCCGUCCACGACGAACUCAUCCGACUCCACCGCCCCGACGCCGUGGUCGCCGAUAUCCCCUAUUGGUGGACCACUUCCAUCGCCGCUGACCUCGGCAUCCCUCGCAUUACCUUCCACGCCGUCGGCUGCUUCCCCCAGCUCGUCAUGAACAACCUCUUCCGCAUCCGGUCGGAGCUAGCCAUCAACAAUGGGAGUAGUAGUCCUACUCCGAUCGUGACCGUCCCGGGUCUGCCAGGGAGGUCGAUUUCCAUCCCGCGGGCGGAGCUCCCGAGCUUUUUAAAGGCGCCCAAUCACAUGACAGCCGCGUGGGAUCGGAUGAAGCAGGCGCAGCUGAAGUGUCACGGCGUGGUGGUCAACACCUUCAGCGGCCUCGAAGGCGAGUACUGCGAGGAGUACCGCCGGGUGGACGCCCGGCGCGCCUGGUUCGUGGGCCCAGUGGCGCUGGCCGCCAAUGCAGGCAUCGAGCGGGGAGGAGGCGAAACAGGGGAGGCGACCGGAAAGGAGUGCCUGCGGUGGUUGGACGAGCGGGAGGAGGGGUCGGUGGUGUUUGUGUGCUUCGGGAGCUGGUGCUUCUUCACGGAUGAGCAGCAGCGGGAGCUAGCUGCCGGGCUGGAAGCCUCGGGCCGACCGUUCCUGUGGGCGGUGAGGGCGGCGGAGGAGAACGGAUGGAUGGAGGAGGGAUGGGAGGAACGGGUGAAGGAGAGGGGACUGGUUGCCCGGGGCUGGGUACCACAGGUGGCAAUCCUCGGCCACCAGGCCGUGGGGGCCUUCCUCACCCACUGCGGGUGGAACUCUGUUCUGGAAGCCGUCACCGCCGGGGUGCCGAUGCUGACGUGGCCGCUGGUAUUCGAGCAGUUCAUCAACGAGCGGCUGGUGGUAGAAGUGGUCGGCGCGGGACGGCGGGUGUGGGAGGGGCCGCGCGCCGAGGCCGAAGCGGAGAAGACGGUGGUACCGCGGGAGGCCAUCGCCUCGGCUGUCACGCGGUUCAUGGAGGCGGGCGGAGGGAGGGAAGAGGCCGCGAAGAAGGCCACGGAAUUAGCGGCGGCGGCGAGGGCGGCUGUGGAGGAGGGCGGGUCGUCGCAGCAAGAUCUGGAGAAUCUGAUCGACGAACUGGUGGCAGCGGGCCGCCGUGGAAGGGUGGAGAGCCAAUUAGCUUAAUCAAUUACUCCAAUUUAGUGGCUAUUAAUAAAAAUGUAGGACGAUAAGUAUGGAUUCUAUUGGUACCUGAUGCCUUAAUGCUUAUCUUAAUUAUUAUGAAUCUAAAAA